AUGUACGCUGCGAAUAAGUUUUUUUUGAUUGCUACUGUUCUCUGUGCUGCUAGUGCGAUGCUAGUCGGACAUAUGAUCUCUUCACCCGUGGAUGAGAGAGUCGUGGAGGUUGUGAAUCAAGUGAGACCUCAAGUGGAAAGUCAGAUCAAUGAGAAGUUCUCCAUUUUUAAGCCUGUGGAGGUGGCUAAACAAGUUGUUGCGGGUCUGAACUACUUUGUGAAGGUGGACAUUGGCAACAACCGAGCUAUUCACUUGCGCAUAUACGACCAUUUCAAUGAUGUGUCUCUGACCAAGGUUCUCACCGGCAAGACUCUGGAUGAUCCUCUUGUAUAUUUCUAAGGUGAUUUCUGUAUUUUUGUGACUGUACUA